AUGAUAAUUUCGGAGCUUCCGUUGGAUUUGUUAGAGGAAAUACUAUCUAGGAUACAUGCCACAACACUGAAAUCAAUACGAUCGACUUGCAAACUAUGGAACUCUUUAUUGGAAGACGAAAGCUUCACCAAGAAACACUUUCGUAAAGCAGAAAAGCAGUCUCUGGUUCUUUUGUUAAAGGACUAUAGGUUUUGUUCAAUGAAUGUUGCUCCUCCAACUAUAGAGUUUAAGGCUCCACUUGUCCUAAACGAUUCCUAUUUUAAUCUAAAACAAGUCGACAUACUAGAAGUUUCUCAUUGCGACGGUUUGUUGUUAUGCACCACCAAAGACGAUAGACUCGUGGUCUGGAAUCCAUGUUUGGGGAAAACCUGGUGGAUCCAACACAAAACUGGCAUGAGAUACUGUAAGCUUGCUCUAGGUUACGUAAACAACAAAUCUUAUCAUAGCUACAAAAUCUUGAGGUUUUUGGAGGAUCGUUACGUAUUAAAGGGCGCCAAAGUUGAAAGGUCUGAAAUAUAUGAGUUUAGCUCUGGUUUAUGGAGGAUCCUUGACGAAGACGUCAACGAUCUCGACUGUCUCAUAAUAUCAAUUAGCGUAUCUUUGAAAGGAAAUUCUUACUGGCUGGCUAUGGAUUAUAAAGACAGCCAUAUAUUGUUACUCAGUUUUGAUUUUACAACAGAGAGAUUCAGACGUAUGUGUCUUUCGCCAUUUCAUUAUGAGGGUGGCAUGGCUCUAUCAGUUGUUAGAGAAGAAAAUCUCUCAGUGUUACGUGUGAGCCUUCUUACGUUCAAGAUUGAGAUAUGGAUGACCAAUAAGUUUGAUACUGAAGUUGCGUUGCAAUGGACCAAUUCCUUUACACUAGAUAUACCCGAUCUCUAUAAAGUUCCUCCACCUUUCUCCAGUUUUGUACUGGACGAGGAGAAAAAAGUGGCUUUGUGUU